GGGAGGGAGACAUGCCUCAGAAGCACAGAAGAUCAAUUAGGAGAUGCUUAUUAGGGCAAUCGAAAACAAAAUAUUUCGUGGUUUCAUUAUUGUUAUUAUUUUAUUUUCUUCCUGAAAAUGUGCAAGAAGAGCUCAUCUGGGUGGCCUGUGGUUUGUUUGGGAGAGGGGUGGGGAAAUCCAUUCUGACUGUAAUUUAAAAGAGAAGGAAUUCUUAAAAUAGAGAUGUUGAUGUUGCAGAAAACCCCCACUACACCCACCCUGCUCUCUAAAGACCCAAAGCACGAAUGGAAGGCGUCGGCCUCCACUGCAGCUUCUUUUGCGACCAGGCCCAAGGGGUUCCUGGGGAAGCAGUCACUGAAUUGAAAGUAGUAUUUAACCCCAAGGAAAUGUGCUCUUGUGGGCACUUGCAAAACAAUGGACCCCACGUGAUCUGGGGUUGUGGUGGAGCUGGGAGGGCGACAUUUCCUACGAGGUGCAGCGGCGGAGGGGACGCGCGUGCCGCUUUCCCGGGUUUCGGACGGCGGCCUGUUUGGUUGUCGUCUGAGGCUCGGGGGAGGGUUUGGCUGCGUCCAAGGGAGACGUUCGGAGACAUCCAUCUUAUUUUGUUUGAAAAGUUGCUCGUCCAAGUUGUCACUGGGUGACAGCUUGGACUAAAGCUAAUUUGCGAACCGCCCCUCCUCUCUUCCCUGAGGAUCUCGGAGGCAGCGCCGCGGACGCGGUGCUAAAUUGGGCGGGGACUUCGGACCCCAGCUUUCUGGAGCCAGAGCUCAGAGCUGAGCAGCUUGGCAGCGGGAGCCCACGAAGGAUGAGGACACCGACAUUCGGGAUAAAGGCCGAGUGAAGAAAAAUCAGGCCCGAGUGAGGUCAGGAGGAGGGAAUCCAGGGGGCCGCCCCCGUGUUCCAGGAGGCGGGCUUUGCACCCGUGAAAAUACACAGAAGCACCCGCUUCUCUGGGCAAGCGCUGGCGCUGGGACCAACUCUCUACGUCCGAUGUCGGUUUGGAGCUGCACAAGUUAGGGGAGGGUCGGAAUUCCCUGGAGCCGCCGCCGGGCCCCUGCGCAGGGGACCCCGCUCAGCCCACGCGGCAGCAGCAAACACUUUGGCGUGGCCGGGGCGUGGCCGAGGCGGUGGGCCACGCCCCUCUUUCCCAAUUCCCCUCUACUCCCCGCUCCCAUUGGUCAUGAGGCUGGCCAAUGAGCACUCGGAUCGAGGUCCUACCCUGGGUCUGACUCCGAAGCUCCUGCCAAAAGUUUGGGAGUUUUUAGAGAGGAGUUUUUUUUUUUUUUUUUUUUCCCUCCUAUUACUUUUUUUUUUUUUUUUAACUAACGGAUUAUUAUUGUUGUUGUUUUAAAUUUAGCUCUUAGGGCUUAGCUGUUUGGGUUUUCUUUUGGUGCCCAGCCCCUGUCUCCCCGGCUUCCCUGGCGUGUGCGGAGCCGCGGCCCCCGCCCGCCCAGCAGCUCCAGCGCCCCUCGCUCGCCUCCAGCCCGCGGGGAGCGCGGGCGCCGCGCCGCCUUUAAAGUGAGGCCAGGGGCCGAGACUGUGCCCGGCCGGGAUCCGGGCCUCGCCUCUUCCCUCGGUGGCGCUAGGGCUCCCUGGCCUGUCUUCAGUGCGGACGGAGAAGCGAAAGCGGAUCGUCCUCGGCUGGGCUGCCGCUGCCUCCGGGACUCAGCGCGCUCCUCCCCGCGCACCCACCCACCCACUGGGCCGGGCCCGGCCGGGCCGCGGCGGCAGCUCGGCUCACCCAGCCAGAAUGUUCGCCGCCGGGCUGGCGCCCUUCUACGCCUCCAACUUCAGCCUCUGGUCGGCCGCCUACUGCUCCUCGGCGGGUCCGGGCGGCUGCUCCUUCCCCUUGGACCCCGCCGCGGUCAAGAAACCCUCCUUCUGCAUCGCAGACAUCCUGCACGCCGGCGUGGGGGAGCCGGGGGCGACCGCGGAGGGUCUGGCGGGGGCCUCGGCCGCCGCCCUCACCGCUCACUUGGGCUCGGCUCACCCGCACGCCUCUUUCCAAGCUGCCGCCAGAUCCCCGCUUCGACCCACCCCGGUGGUGGCGCCCUCCGAAGUCCCGGCUGGCUUCCCGCAGCGGCUGUCUCCGCUCUCAGCCGCCUACCACCACCAUCACCCACAGCCACAGCAGCCGCAACAGCCUCCGCAGCAGCCACAGCCUCCGCCUGCGCCCCGGGCUGGCGCCGUGCAGCCCCCUGUCUCCGGGGCGCGGGUGGUCCCGAACCCCUCGCAUAGCGGCUCGGCCCCGGCCCCCUCUAGCAAGGACCUCAAAUUUGGAAUUGACCGCAUUUUGUCUGCAGAAUUUGACCCCAAAGUCAAGGAAGGCAACACGCUGAGAGACCUCACGUCCCUGCUAACCAGCGGGCGGCCCGCAGGGGUGCACCUCCCCGGCCUGCAGCCCUCCGCCGGCCAGUUCUUCGCGUCUCUAGAUCCCAUUAACGAGGCUUCUGCCAUCCUGAGCCCCUUAAGCUCGAACCCGAGGAAUUCAGUUCAGCAUCAGUUUCAAGACACGUUUCCAGGUCCCUACGCCGUGCUCACGAAGGACACCAUGCCACAGACCUACAAGAGGAAGCGCUCCUGGUCGCGGGCGGUCUUCUCCAACCUGCAGAGGAAAGGCCUGGAGAAGAGGUUUGAGAUUCAGAAGUACGUGACCAAGCCCGACCGAAAGCAACUGGCCGCGAUGCUAGGCCUCACGGACGCGCAGGUGAAGGUGUGGUUCCAGAACCGGCGGAUGAAGUGGCGGCACUCCAAGGAGGCCCAGGCCCAGAAGGACAAGGACAAGGAGGCGGGCGAGAAGUCGUCGGGCGGAGGUGCGGCUGCCGACGGCGAGCAGGAGGAGCGGAGCCUCAGCCGCUCGGAGGGCGAGGCCGAGAGCGAGAGCAGCGACUCCGAGUCUCUGGACAUGGCCCCCAGCGACACGGAGCGGACUGAGGGGGCCGAGCGGUCUCUGCACCAGACCACGGUCAUCAAGGCCUCGGCCGCGGGCGCCCUCCUCCCGGCCAGCGGCGGCGGGAGCGCGGGAAGCGGCGGCGGCGGCAGUUUCAGCUUCGCCAGCCUCGGCGGCGGCGGCGGCACGGGGAGUGGGGGCGGCGGCGCCUCGGAGCUGCUGCCGGCGCCCCAGCCCACCCUCAGCGGCGCUCCGCAGAGCCCCGAGCCCGCCCAGGCACCGCUGGGCGCCCUGUAGACUGCAUGAGGCCGGGGCCCCGGGGCCCGCGUGCCGCCCCCAGCCUCCCAGGGGGGGCUGGAUUUUGCGCCUGCUUUGUGUUGGCAGCGGGGCCGGGGCCCGAGACGCCGCGGCGGCCUUGCCCACGGUCCCGCCUGCCCGUCGCUGCCGCGCUGGUGCCCAGAGCCCGGGGCGGGGGGCGAGCUCAGUGCCCCCGCCCGAGGACCCCGCGCCGGCCAAACACUUCUCCCGGGCCGCGAGCAGUUCACACUGUGAAGUGUUGGACGCAACAGUUGCUCCCCGCACUCGGGGUCGUGGCGCAAAGACAAGCUGCACUUAGGACGCCACAAACUUGUAAAUAAAAUGUUUACUACGGUUUGUAAAGGCCGCUUGGCUAGCUGGGGCGGUGUGGUCGUUAAGAUCGGGGAUCUCCCACCCGGACCUCAGCCUCGGGGCACUGUAGGUCACAGCAGCUGGAGGUGGGGGACAAGUGCUUUUGGACGGGGGAGCGCCGCAAUCUCGGAGCCCCCUCGCUGCAGGGACUGGCGUCGGGCUUAGAGCUCAGAGGCUUCCUUGGCCAUAGCCUGCGCUCCCCCACCACUGAACUGGUGCUCCACGACUCUGAGUGUGGCCAGAGGGCCAUGGUGGCCACAGAAUCUGUUAGGCCCCUGGGGCAGAAGGCCUCUCCACCCUGAGUCAGGACACUGGGAGUGGGCCCGUGGCCUUUUCUUUGCUGGCGAGUAUCCAGAGUUGGAGUGGACAAGAUGGUGAUGCCGUGGGUGAAUUUAGCCACAGUCGGUACUUACAAGGUGGGCACUCCAAGUCUGUAGUGGAGCUUUGCGGCAAUUCUAACACAAGCCGCCCCUUGCUCCAGGAUGGCUAAAGGGAGGAGGUAGCAUCCUGGCGGAAAAGAUAGACAAAUCACAGUGGUUAGGGUUGAAAAGGCUGAGCCUGAGAAAGUUUUAAAGGUGCCCAAACAACCACGGGGCAGGGAGGUGACUUGUUCAAAGUCACACCCAGGCAAUAGCCCAAACCAGAGGUCAGACCUCCUGGCUCUCAUUUGGCCAGUGACGGGUCUACAAAACUGCAUCUCAACCCCAUCCACGCACACAUAAUCUUCCUUGCAGUUAGGCCCUGCAGGCGCCCAGUGAGUCCCUCUGCAGCCCCCCACCUGCAAGUUGAGAGGCUGCAGCUGAAAUACCUGUUUUGCCUCCACGCUGCAACUGGGAUGGGCCUUUAAAGUUUUUUGUUUUGUUUUGUUUUUGUUUUUGAAAGGCUGAAGAGUCAAACCUCUCUCCAAGACCUUGGCUCUCCUUUCCUCAAAAUGAAAUGUCCAGAGUUUGUAUAUAAAUCUCUUUUGGGAGAUUCAAAAACAGACUGCUGACAAACCUGACCAUGCGGGGCUGUUUGGCACUAAACUCUGGCCAGGGCACGAAGCUCCUUCUUACAGGCCCACCACCCAUGUCAAGAAUAGGAUGCUCUGUAGAGAGUGGUGCUCCCCCAGAGAUGCUCAGGUCAGCUAGCCCAGGACACAUCCCAGUCCCCCGGCUGGAGUGAGGGGGCUCUGAGCAGCUCCCUGAUCUGGCUUAGCAUCUUCCCCAUUUUGACUCAUUGACUUGAGCACAUUAAAAGACCACCGUUUUAGAGUGGGGACCCCAGAUUUAGCCUUUGCUGGCCUAGCGCAGCACAGGGGUGCAAAGCUGACCAUUCCCUGCCCCAGUCAACCUCCCAGCCUCCAAAAGGAGCUGAACUCCUAGAGGAAUGUGCAUAGUGGGGAGGGGAGUGGGAGCGACCAGGGUGGUCCAGUACAGGAAUGAGAAGAGAGAGGUAGAGGGCCCUAGGAGGGACCUCAAGUUUAAUGGGAAUGUGAGCCAGCCAUUAUCUUUAAAUGUGCCCAGAGUUUCCUGGCACAGCAGCUUCCCCACCUGCUUGGGUUCUAGCCCUGGGUGGGAGUGAUUCCCCCACCAUUCCGCAGGCUCCGCUGCCCAAAUGGCAGGAUUCUCCCUGUACCUCAGUUUUGCCUUCACUAUCGAGUUUAGUUUCCUCUGACCCCUGAAAUAUUGAAAUUCUGUAACUGGGACAUCCCAAGGACAUGGAAUUUUGAGGCACUUAAAUCCGGUGCUGGCGUUCAGGAGCAUAACGUGGCAGCAUAUAUAUCUAGUAGAGGAGCUCAGCUGGGGAGGAGUUGGUGCUUUAGGCUCGCAGCUACUCUGCCUCUCAUAAGGCUCUCGAGGUGCCCGCUGCCCCAGUCCCCCCUCGCAUUUCUCUUCCUGGGGCCCGGGUUUAAAAAGUAAAGGAAAUAAUCGCCCAGUGACCGUAAUGAUACGAUUUCAGGUACAGUUCGGCCUUAUCAAGGCCAGGAUCCGCUAGACCAGAGGGCGCAGCAAAGCUGGGGUACCGGGAGGGAAAUGAGCUGGGCAGCGGGCACCUGGGGGUGGCACUGGGGCUGCUUCUGGAGGGUUCGCAGGAGGCGCCCCUUCCUCCAACACCCUCCACCUCUUCUUCUUGAACAUUUCCCCCGUGAAACUCUAGCGGGGCUUUAGCCUGGGCGGUGGAGUUCUUCCACGUUUUCAUCAAGAACGGGGUAUCUCAAGUCCAGGAGAAGUUUAAAGUUCAUUUGGAAGCGGAACAGUCGCAGGACGAAGAGUCCUCUCUAGGCCGGCCUGGUGGCGGGGAGCAAAAACCACAUUUCGGGCCGGGUCGACUCAUCCUGGGGCCGCUCGCUUGGCCCAGGGAUCGGGAAUUUUCCCGGUGGCGCUCGAUGCUUGCAAGAGCCGCCAGGGAAGCUAGAAAUUCUUGAACGAAGACCGAGAUUUCUAAGGCGCCCAAGAGAAGGCCGAGCGCGCUAGAUCCGCACACGCCAGGCCCGCCGAGGCCCUCCCGGCUGGGGCUUGGAGGCGGCGGCGGAUGCGCGCGGGCCCCGGAGCCGAGCCGAGCCGCCACCCCCGCUUCCAGCCGCGUGCGGCCCAAGACUCGUCCUUCCCGAAAAGCAGCGAGAACUCUGCCCGAGUCGGGUUCUGCCUCCCAGCCGCAGCGGUCCCCGCGGCGCCGAGCCCUCGCAGCUAGGUUACCGGCGUGCGGAGGGGUGGCGGCCGCGGGUCUCGCUGGGACUGGAGGGGCUCUAAUACCCCUUCGGGGGCACGCGCGCGCACACCACAAUUACACGCGUAGGUCACACAUCCACAUGUUCGCAGAGGCGCACAGCAACGCAGACCCAGACGCACACAGGGGAGCCCAGGUACUGGCCAUUUCAGCCUCUUCCGAGCAAAACCACACAAAUAACGUUCUCUCUUCCCCAGACGGCAAAGCCGAGUGAGGAGCCUCACGCCGCCUUCUUCUGCCACGGUGGGUGGGUGGGGCGCUGGUCUGAAACAAAAGUUUCCUUGCGCUAAGCCUCGCCGGCCAAAGCGCUGAAAGCCGGCGUCGCUCCAUUCGCCUGCCGCAGUCCAGAGCGGGCGGGGACCCGGAGGCCCGGAGUUGCUGGGAGCGCGUGGCCGUCGCUGCCCUGCCCCCCGCCCCCAACCUGGGGCCAAAGCUGUCCGGCCCCGUGGCACUUCAAGGCGCAGUCUUGUCUCCAAUGGAGGCUCUGGCCCGCAGACCAGCCAAGGAGAUCACCUUCUGUUCUCACCCCACUACCCCGCAAGGACUCGUGGGUACCGUGUGUGUGUGUUGGGGGGGCUUGCUCGGACUCCGGUUAUCAUCAAUCCCUCUCACUCCUUCCGCACCUCAGAGAGGACCAGUGGCUUUGGGAUCUUUCCUGUGGCUGCUCCCUCUAGCUGGGGACUGAAGUGGGGUGUUGGCGGGGGUUCUGGUUUGAGGCCAGCGCCGAGCAGGUGAGCUCUGAGUGCCCAGCUCGCUGAUCCCUCCUGUUCUAGGUACUGGAAGUCAACCUAACUGGAAGGUGACCCCAGAUUUCCUUGCGGUCGGUCGCAGUCUCAGGGAACUUAAGGGUCCCCAGGGCAGGGCAGGAACCAGAA